CUUACACUAAGACACGUCUCUCCUUAUAAAAGCUUUUAGUGAGUAAAUUUUGUUUUUAUGUUUUAUACACUUCACCUUUCUGUUGCUUUAUAAUUCAGCAUCGGAAUCAUUUAUCAGUUGUGUUAUUUCCAUGGAAGAAUUAUAUUACCUCUAAUUAACCAGAAGUGAACGACUACUGUGAUUUUGCAUCAACCAGAUUCAUACUUAUCAGUCAUCUCCGUUGUUUUAGUCGAAAACUACACAUUUACUGGGACUGUUACUAUUGGUUUGGAUAGAGUUGUUUUUAUGGAUAUUCCUGCAACUGUUUACACACCUUACUGUUGAUUUCAAAGUGUGUUGUAAAUUAACAAACUUGGUGUUGGAAGUUUACGCUGCAUAGGAUUGUAUUUCAGAAAAACAGUACACUAUCUGCAUGUUCGUUUCAGUUUUGCUCUAGAAUACAGGAGAUAAUACAAACUGAUCUGUAUUCCGUGAUGGUUUUACUGUUCCUACAUUCUGAUUGAAGAGGGAGACAAACAUGCAGUCUGUUCGCCAUACUUUUGGAAUCUGCAUGGAUUAAGAAAAAAUGAGGAUGUUCAAAUCUUCGAAUAAAAUGAGGAUGUUCAAAUCUUCGAAUAGUAGAAAUGUUAGAAAAUCGAUUUUGGCCUUCUCCGUGGGCAUUUGCACUACCCUACUGAUAAUAAAACUGAGUGCAUCAUUUCAAUCCGAAUCGCGCUUUUAUACAAACUCAGCACAAAAUGAGAAACCAGAUGAUAAUCCUCGCCAUCUGCCGCUGAUAUUCAUUGGAGGUCACCAAAGUUCAGGUACUGGUUUAUUACGCAUCCUUAUGGAUAUUCAUCCACUGGUACGAUGUGGGCCAGAGCCGAUUGUUACCAGAGAAAUUAUUACAUACAGAUUAUCAAAAAAUCGACAAAAUGACCGGCUCCUUCAGUCUGGAAUAUCACAGGAUGUAUUAGACAAUGCAGUGGCUGGUUUCAUCGUGUCAAUUUUACAGAAUAUGGGACCUCCUGCUGAAAGACUAUGUCACAAGGAUCCUGGAUCGUAUUUUUACUUAAAGUAUUUAGGUGAUUUAUUUCAAAACGCAAAAUUUAUUCACAUUGUACGCGAUGGCAGAGCAGCUGUAGCGUCUACGAUAGCCCGUAAAAUAAAUCCACAGUUCCGUUCAGACAAUAUCACACAAGCACUUAAGUAUUGGGAAGCUUUCACUUCACAUGUAAUUAGUGACUGUGAAUAUAUUGGAAGGAAUCGAUGUUUAACUAUUCGUUAUGAAUGUCUUGUUUUAAAUCCAAAAGAGGAGAUUUCAAAACUACUCAAAUUCCUUGAUCUUCCAUGGGAUGACCGACUUCUGCAACAUGAAAAAUACAUUCAUAAUGUUUCUAUGUUGAACAAAUAUGAAGCUAGCUCAGUGCAAGUUGUCAAGCCUAUUCACUUGGAAUCUUUAACUGCUUGGUGUAGAAAUGGCUCAGUUAUUCCAAAAGAAUACAUUUCAACCAUGCAUAAGGAGAGUCGAUUAUUGAAGAAACUUGGUUACGCUACCAAUGAGAUUCCACCUAAUUAUGAGAAAUUAUGCAAAGUUGACUCAGUAUUGUAAAACAAUGCGAAAAGAAGAGACAAGAAAAGGAGAUAUAGAUGGAUAGUCAGAAUGGAGAUGACGCUUAUCUUGUCAAUGACGAUAACAUUUCAAUAGUUUCAUUUGUAUUUUUUUUUACUGUUUUUACUAUUUUCAUACAAAGAAAUGCAUAUCUUUAAUAGGCUGGCGAUUAUUGUGAUUGAUAUAUUACAUCGUAUGAUGAAUGCAAUCACCUGUCAGAGAAAAAUGCUAAAAUUGUCUGAAAUACAACUUACAAAUUUGUGUGUUG